AUGCGGAGUCAGAUUUCUGAACAUAACCACCAUCAUGAUCUUGAUGGAACUGAGCUGCCUGAUGCCUUAAGCUUGAUGGGACAGGACCAGGCGGCCGGCGGGGUGUCCCUAGAUAGGGGCCCGCGUGGGGGACGGCCCUGGCCUGAGACGCCCGUGGGCUCGGGAUCAGACCGCCGGCCUGAGCUCGUACGGCUGCGCUGGCAGAGAUGCCUUGUCGUGUCGCGAUGCCUCUGCCUCCUCUGCCUUCGCAAUGAUGCGGCUAGAAAUCUGACAAAUGUUCAAUUAAUUCUCUUCUACCUGCAGUGUGAAAAAAACAGAGAUGUCAAAAAGAGAAGGUCAAAUGAGGCAGAUAUCCCUGAUCAUCUUCGUCAAGAAGCAGAAGCAUGUUAUCAGCUUAGGCUACCUGAAGACUUCUACCAAUUUUGGAAGUUUUGUGAGGAGCUAGAUUCUGAGAAACCAAGCGAUGUACUUGUGUCAAGUGUUGGACUUAGACUGGUUGGACCAUAUGAUAUUCUUGCUGGGAAACACAAAAAAGCAAAAUCAACAGAUCUGGAUUUCAAUCUUCACUGGAGAUUUUUCUAUGAUCCCCCAGAAUUCCAGACUAUAAUUGUUGGUGAUGGCAAAACCCAGUAUCACAUGGGAUAUUUCAGGGAUGUGCCGGAUGAACUUCCAGUGUGGGUUGGUGCAAACGAAGCUAAGAAGAGCUGUCUGAUUUCACAAGUUGGUGAUAAUGUAUUUGCUGCAGUCAAAUUAUUUUUGUCAAAAAAACUUAAGGAAGUGACCGACAAAAAGAAGAAUGCUAUUUUGAAAGACAUAGAUGAAAAACUAACGAGAAGAGCAAAAGAAUUGGGUUAUUCUCUUGAACAGAAAACCAUGAAGAUGAAACAGAGAGAUAAGAAAGUGGUGACCAAAACGUUUCAUGGAGCAGGCCUAGUUGUUCCUGUAGACAAAAAUGAUGUUGGAUACAGAGAACUUCCUGAAACAAAUGCUAACCUUAAAAAAAUUUGUAAAGCCAUCGUUGAUGCUCCUGCUGAUGAUCAGAGACUGAAAGCUUUUGCACCCAUUCAAGAAAUGCUCACUUUUGUCCAGUUUGCUAAUGAUGAAUGUGACUACGGAAUGGGAUAUGAGCUGGGUAUGGACCUGUUUUGCUAUGGAUCACACUACUUUCACAAGACUGUGGGUCAGCUGCUGCCUCUUGCUUACAACCUGCUGAAGAGGAAUCUCUUUGCAGAGAUUAUCCAGUCGCACUUAGCCAACCGGAGGGAAGACGACGUGGACCAGCUUGCACUGUGAGCCAGCAAACAAGGCUGAAGGGCAGGGGAAGGCUCAACACAUUAACGUGGGUGUUCCUGCAUUGUUGAGAUGGGGUUUUCCUUGACUUUUGUUUUUGUGUUUUAUAUGGAAAUGCAUCCUGUGUGGUCAGUAAAGAUUUUCUAAGUAAUGAGGUGCCUCUCUGUGCUUGCUGUCUACAAGCUGCCAUCUGUGCAUGUGCCAGGGCCACAGCAGUGUGAGUCACAGGCUGUGCCUGCGGCACUGGCCUGCACACGGCAGUAGCAGGAGGUACGGGGGGCAUUGCUGCCUUUUCACUGAGCUCUGCUUCACAGCUGUGGGCUGCCCGCACCAGCGGGGCUGAGGCCUGGCGAUACCAAGAAUACAGUGCCUGCCUCUGAAAUAAUUAAAAAUCCAGUAGGACUAACACCAGCACCGUUAGAGUUAGCAGUAACAGUAGAACGUUCACUACGCUAGUUUUUCAGUGAAGCUUUAGCAUCGUUGAGGAAAAGCAGUUUUAAUACAGUCUGGGAACUUCUAAGCGGCUAGUUUCAGUCUUUGUUUAUAAGUAAGUCAAUCUGUUUCAGAUCACUUUACUUACAUAUUCCAUGUUUUUUAUUCCUGAAUUUGAAACUUUAGCACAGAAAUACUCUCACAUACGUUAUCUAGGUUAGUUUAUGUUCUGUACUGCUUCAUAGUCCCCAGCCUUCAGGACAGCUUGACCAGGGUGGAUGAUUCUGCUCAUUUCUGUAGUGACUUUCUGACCAGUGCAAAACAGGGGCGGUGCUGGGUAAGGUGCUAUUAUUUUGCACUUGCUGCAGCAUCUCUGUUUGCCAAGGAACUGUCACUGCCAUUGUCACUGACUGGUCAGUGCUGCAUAGCUCAACAGCAACCAGCUUCUGUAUCCCCACUAGGAAUGUUACUCCCAACUCAACCUCCUGUCUCUUAGCAAUUUUAACUAACAGUGUACAUUACCUGAAUUGUGUCCUAUGGAUUUAAUUGCACCAUUGCUCUUCUCCCCCUUUAUUGUAGUGAAAAUUUUCUUUUUAGGCUGUUUGAAAUAACAGUCCAAAAAGCAAUGAAAAAUAACUUUGUCUUAUUCAACAAGCGAGCUAUGGUAGAGUGAUUUUACUUCUGUGGUAGUUCAUAUGUCAUGACUAAUGAUAUUACUACUAAUGAAGAUUAUGGGUCCCUGGCAACAUGAUCUACCCUCAAAGUUGGCCCUACUUUUAACAAAGGCUUGAACCUCCAACCGUCCCUUCUAACACAAACUAUCCCACAGUUCACAGUGUGAGUUAAGAGUACUGCAGAAGUGUAUCUCACCUUUAAGCUAGUUCUACUUUUGUAAAUCUGACAAAAGUCUUUUUUUUUUUCCCCCUUUCAGUCAGCAUACAAGCAUUCCAUUUAUUCAAGCAUAAAUGGAAACAUCCAUGGACUCUUUCAGGUCCCCAGAAUUCUACGUUUUACAUAUACAAAAUAGAGGCACCUUUUUGAAAAUUCAGAGGGUCUCUCUUUUCCCUUUAUUUUCAAUGUUUCAAGCAGAAGAGACUUUCAAAUUACUUCUAUGAUUUAUAGGGCAUUAAAAAAAAAAAAGUAUUCACUUUCCACAUUGUUAUUUAAGUAUGAACUUAAAUCUGCAAAAAUGAAGAGCUGAUUAUGGGUUUUCUAGCUUUCCUGAUGAACCUCCUAGCGUUAACAGUUUUUCUGCUCAAUUGCUGAAAAAAAUACUGAUGAAAAGGAUACAAUGUUAGUAUACAUUAUCAACAGCUUUCUCAGUUAAUCCUACAAUGAUUUUUUUUUUUUUUUUUUUCCAAACUGGAGAGAUGCUGAAAAUGCAUUUCGGUAAGCUGUAAUUCUGCUUUGAAGACAGCAAAAGCAUAAUCCACUUUUUUAAUUAAAUCACUAAGCCAACUACUCUACAAUUACAGAGUUAAAGCAACUUUUAAGGUGGCCAUUUCAGGAAAAAAUACCUAGUACUAGUCUGUUAGCAAGUCAUAUCCUAGGCAAUGCAAAGACUACAUUCUUCUUCAAUCAUUUUUUCAUCUAUGCGUUCAUUUCAUGUGUAAAAUUCUCAGAUGUUAAUCUUCUUUCACGGAAAUAAAUACAGAAAACAACAGAAAUAUUGUUUGAGGAAACAUGGAAUUAAAGUCAGAACAAUAAUUAAUCAUACAGAAAUUUUUAAUGUUUAUGAGUAAAUCAUCACAGUAAUGAGAAUUUUUACUGUAAUGAUAUGCAGCUCUACCACACUAUAUUAUAAAUAAAAACAUUAAGAUCAAUAUUCAAUACAGCUCUAGGCAACAUCACAGAUUAACAAAUUUAUGCAUUCUUCAUGAACCAGUAACUGAACAGUUUAAAAAAAAAAUGCUGACACUUUCCCCCUCCCAUCCACCACAUUUUUUUCAAAUUAGUAACUUGAGUAAGGCGCUGGAAGUUUUACAUUAGAAAAGAAAACUUUUGUUGAACAGCACAGGCACCUGUACUUCAAUAAUAGAAUUUUUAAUGCAUGUAUACCAGAAGAUGUUUUAAACGUCAAUAGGGAAACCUUAGCAGCCAAGAACAGUCAACAAGAGAUGUACAAUAUAUAUGCAGCACUGAGGUUCUACACUGAAGUUAGAAAACACAGCAGGGGCAUGAAUCGUAUUUCAAUUCAGACAGAGCAGUCUGUAGCAUUAGGUGUGAAUUCAUACAAUACACAGAGUAGUGUUUUAUCAUGAGAACAGCAGAACUGGCAGAGGUAUCAAACUGAUUUAAAGCAAUCUGUAUACCUGUAAUGCAUUCCUCUAUAGAAACAAGUUUCAGACAAUGGAAAUCAGCAUUACAGACAACUGCUAGAGCUGCCUUCUGUAAGUGGGCCAAAUCCUGCUCUUUGUAAAGUUUCUUCAAACUUACACAGUGUAACAGAACAAAUUUUGAACCACUAGCCCUGGCCUCACUUGGAACAAUAAAGCCAGCUUUUGCAAAACUGCAGUUUUAAUGCCUGUUUUAGUUCCAAAUCAGUUUUUAAAAUGAGGCUGACCACAACAGGCCCAGCGGACACUACUGGGAAAUACUAUGCUUUCUACUGUUUUAAGUUGCUGCAAGAGAUGAAAAUGAGUAGAUGGCAGUUUUAUACUUCAAGAAGAGGUUAAAAAUAGCAGAGCCCAGGCGUUAUUUUGGAGCUUGCCAGUAGUCCCAGUAAUUUGUGCAUGUUAAUCAUACUUAAAGAUAGAACCUUGCUGAGUACUUUGCUGAUUAAAGACCUUGGAGAUAACCGUGAUGAAUACCUUAGAGAUACCUGUAAUUGUAUAUGAUAGUUGACCAUUUAUAUUUUUGCAGUCUUGUGGGCAUAACUGUUAACAAAAGGACGUUUUAUCUAAACCCAAAUUAUGGAACGCGAUUUUGUCAGCUGUAUUUCUUAAUUUUUUCCCCAUCUUUAUGUUAUGGCCUAUCACCUUUUUCUCUGUAUGUGUGUGUGUGGUGGUGGUGUGUUUUCCUUUUCUACAGUGAAUACGAAACAAAUUAAUCUUGUGAUUGAAAGAAAAAAGUAGAGAUCUUAGGGAUCUGUCAGUCAACUUACUGAGGCAUGUGUUGUUGAUUUUAAACUCCAGCCAAGGUUUCAAGUCCUGGUUUCCAUUCUGCCUUCCUGCCCAACUUCUGUGGCUACAUACCAUUUAUACCUCUAUAUACUUUUGGGGGGGGGGGG